AUGCAACUGCUCCUCUCUCCGGAAAGUCAGAAACAGUGCGGUUGGGCAACACAUCGCGGUAUCUAUCAAUUUGUUUACCUUCCCUUCGUCUCAAAAAUGCGGGCGCUUACUUUUCUAGGGCUAUGGCGCGCAUUCUAGCGACGGAUGAUUCAGGAUUUUCCGUGCAAAAUCUUGUUAUUACCCUGCUUGGCGUGCAGCAAUAUCUCACAAUGAACGGCAAAGAGCUAAAUUUAAAGCACAGUACGACCGUUCUCAUUUGUCUCCUCUUUCCAUCAAGGAAGGCGACCCUGUUUAUCUCCGCGUCUCGACAGGUCUCGAUGUACGUGGACACGUCUCAGCUGCCCCAAGUAACUCCUCCUGAGUUUUCUCACUACCUUAUGGAGCUGCACCCCUGGGCAAAAUACGUCAACCCCUGUCCAAUUCGUCUAGUCCGUAAGGAUUGCCCGCCGGUAACUUCCGUCUUGGAUGUCGACGUUUACCGUCAUUUACCGGACUCGGGUUACAUGUCGACACGGUUCAACAGGUCGCUUUUCCUGAAGGCAGUCCUCCGCCCAGAUAAGAUGCCGGCGACAAUCCCAUUUAUUGAGCUGCAGCACCUGGAGGACACUAUUUCUUAAUUUCCGGGCCAAAUCAAAAAUAGUAAUAGACCAAGUUUUACUCUGCUCCUAUAGCGACGUCAAUACGGCCCACAUCAAGCCUUCCCCAUACCAGAAAUCUGACACUAAACAUCCUCCAAUCGGCAGUACCUAUCCGGUCCUCUACCAAGUCGUUUCCUCCGGGGGGAUGGCCCGGGCGUAAUCUUGGAGGCCAAGGACUUCUUGAUUGUUGGUCCGGACCGUCGCGACCUACAUUGCAUAGUCCUAGAACAGUACACCGUUGACAUCGUUACGGGCGGUCGCGGCUUUAACAGGAACCAUAUGUCCAUUAAGGACUUCGUAUGGCUGUAUAAUGUAAGGCCGACGCGACAAGCAUUGCAGUCUCCGGCAUCGGUUCCUAAGCAGGCCUCAUUACCGCAGACUAUGGCCCUCGACACUUCAUCGGUUUUCUUUUUCAGGGUAUCUCACUUCGCUCCGGUGAACGAUCUCCCUGACGGCGUCAUCUUGUCGCGGACUAUCCGUGGUGACCGAGUUAUUCACGCUCGGGCAGUAUUUGAAGGAUGCCCCGAAGCGGCCACUCGACCCCUUCUACCUGUACCUUCCCACUUCACCGCCUCGCUACCUACGAGGUCGUAAGUGCACGAUCGCGGGUGAACGUUUCGGAUGCGGUUUUGCGAACCUCCCGCGUCCUUUGAAUCGCGAGCUCAGUUAGCUGAGCUUGUGCGUUCAUUCCCACCGAUGCAUCCUGAUAAAGGCAUAUCUCCUCUAGCAGUCUUCAAGCUUCCCCAGNACGAUAAGCAAACUGGCAGAGUCCUCGCCACUAUACUCACCCCUGUCUGGUAUCCCCUACGCAUACAGUUCACUCUACUCGAUAUGGCGUCCGAAGCGGGAUGGGAGCCAGAACGUCACGUUAUCACGUGUAUUUCUGGUACUGAACGCCUAAUUUGGGCCAAAGUAGUAACGGUCACCUCUAGUCCGACGCGGAAGACGGUGACUGUCGUGAUUCAGGCGUUUACCUGGUCACACAAAGCGUGGAAGCGCACCUUUGAGCAACACGGUCGCAUGCUCGAGGAAAAGCGCAUCUGCGAUAUCUGCGUGCGCCUCGGCAAGUCCACCGCCGCGGCGAAUCCCGUGUACGACGUGGUCUCGCGUUCCAACAUCUUCGGCAGCCUUCGUCCAGGGGUCAUGGGCGAUCACGUCGUCAAUUUAUUCCAUGCCAAUCGAGCAAUUGGCACGAGCGACGAACCAUACCUGCGUGAUUUACCGCCUCCCUAUGGCCAACCCCGCUCAUUUCUCGUUAGCGGGCGUUCAUUGACCCUCACUCCCGAUCAGGAGGACGCAUUACGCAUCGGCUCCCCUCGUGGCUUUCCAUACCGCAUACGGGACAGGGAAAACCCUAGUGGGAUCUAUAUUCGCGGCGUUAAAUUCAAAAAGCUCCAAAAAUCUUACCAUCGUCACCACCUCCACCAACGCGGCGGUGGCGCGGUUCACGGAGACUCUUCUCUCCUUGGACAAUUUCGCGCACCCCAACAUCGUGCGCCAUAUCUCCGACACUGCCGCCGCUGACAACCAGACCCGGACAUCGGUGAACUUCGGUAAAAUCCUUCGGACCCUUGGCGACGACUAUGAGGAACAGCUUCACAUGAGGACGUAG